AUGAAAUCGAAACAAUAUACUCUAAUAUCUAUUGAAGGUAAUAUAGGUUCAGGUAAAAGUACUUUACUCAGAUUGAUGUAAUAAAAAUAUCCAGAUGUAAAUAUAUAUUUAAUAAUUAUUAGUUACGAUUUAUCCCAGAACCAGUUAAUGAAUGGUAAACAAUUAAUGGAGAUCCAAAUUUGAAUUUGUUAGGUUCUUUUUAUGAAGAGCCAUCAAGAUGGGCUUAUACAAUGCAAGUUUAUGCAUUUUACAGUAGACUUAAGCAUUGGAAAGAGGUUUUAUCUGAUCCAUUAAAUCCUGAAGAUAGAAAUCUCAUUCUAAGUGAAAGAAGUAUAGAGGCUGAUAAAGAAAUAUUUGCAGUUAAUGGACAUAAAAAUGGGAUGAUAAAUAAUCUAGAAUUUGCUUUAUAUGAGAAAUUUUAUGAUUGGCUAUGUGAUGAGGUGUUUGGAAAAAAAAUUAAAAAGCAAAUGAUCAUAUAUCUACAAGUAGAUCCAGAUGUAUGCUAUUAAAGAAUGCAAAAGAGAGCAAGAGAUGAAGAAAAAGUAUUACCGCCAUUUUUAUUAUUUUAAAGAAUACCAUUUCCAAAGAAUAUCUGACAUAAAUACAUAAUAGACAUGAAGAAUGGCUAUUAAGGGAAACUCAUUAAAAUACAUCUAUUCUAGUAUUAAAUGGGGAUAAAGAGUUUGAAGGUGAUCUCAUACAAUAAAAUAAAAUGUUUAACACUAUCGAUUCAUUUUUAUAAGAAUUAUUUUGA